CUAAGAAGUUUUUAGAGGUCGUCUUUACAUCCAGACUGAGCUCUGUGGUUCGAAUCUAGAAGAUUAUCGUAGUAAAUUUGGGAUUCUCACUGAACCCGAACUGUGGAAGGUUUUACAUGAUAUGGUACAGGCGCUUUGUCAUAUGCAUUUGAUUGGUAUGCUUCAUAUGGAUGUCAAGCCGUCUAACAUAUUCAUCUCCGGUGAUUCCACUUGCAAACUGGGAGAUUUUGGACUUGCUUUUGACAUGAACAAGAUCUUAUUCAUGAACUGCACCCCACAGACUUCGCGAGACACCGCCGAGGAGGGCGACAAAUACUACAUGGCUCCAGAGAUCCUGAACGAUUCGCCCACGCCUGCAGCUGAUGUCUACAGCCUUGGUGUCUCUAUGUUAGAGCUCGCCACAGAUGUAGAUCUCCAUGAAGAAAGUCAUAGAAUUCGGAACGGGGAGUUGAAGGAUGCUUUGUUUGGAGACAUCUCUAACGAGCUACGGCAGAUGAUCACUUCUUUGCUUUGCCCUGAUCCGUCGAGCCGGCCUAGUACCAGUCAGUUAUCGAAUGAUCCAUUCAUUCUGAAAAAUACGAAGAAAGCAGUUGUUUUUCGUUGUUUGCAGAGUGAUGUGAAAUCACCAUGUGGUCCGCUCGACAGAGAUUGGGAUUUUGAGUAUGAAGACGAGAUACAUCCACCUUCAAUUCGCUUUUCCAAGCCACGCAAACUUCUGAGGAAUCUGCUUAGAGAUGAUGUCUCUGACACAGCAGAUGAUGUGAGGUUGAGCCUAAGUUUUGAGAAUGCAAGCGACGAUGAUUCACCAAGUUGUCAGCCAGACAAGUUAAGGCCACCUCCACCUCAAAGAACGCCUGCUAUAAGACGAGAGAAAGUCCACCUUACUGUCAAAAAGCUGGAUUUCUCCGAUUCUUCCGAUGUAUCGCCUGGUCCACUUCCAAAAAGACUUCGCGAAGAGUUUACCUGA